AUGGCCGAUGGAGAGAGCGAGGACGAAAUCCAGUUCCUCAGGACGGAGGAUGUGGUGGUCCUACAAUGCAGCGCUACAUUUCGAAAAGAAAACCUUAAGAUGUGCAUGGGAGUGGAAGGCUUCGGCAAUCGCCUCUGCUUCCUGGAAUCAACGUCCAAUGCUCAGAAUGUACCUCCAGAUCUUGCAAUUUGCUGCUUUAUUCUGGAGCAGUCUCUGUCAGUUCGAGCCCUGCAGGAAAUGCUGGCGAAUAAUGUGGAGAUGGGAAAUGAGGCACCCAAUUUGGAUAAGUGGUCCUCUCAAGGUGGGGGGCACCGAACUUUACUCUACGGUCAUGCCAUUCUUCUUAGACACUGUCACAGCGAUAUGUAUCUGUGUUGUCUUACAACAUCCCGAUCUUUAACUGAUAAGUUGGCAUUUGAUGUUGGCCUACAAGAGGAUGCUUCAGGAGAGGCCUGCUGGUGGACCAUCCAUCCGGCAUCCAAACAGAGAUCAGAAGGAGAGAAGGUACGAAUUGGUGACGAUCUGAUCCUGGUCAGUGUAUCCUCAGAGAGAUACCUGCACCUUUCUACUGCCAGUGGGGACCUUCAGGUUGAUGCCUCAUUCAUGCAGACCCUCUGGAACAUGAAUCCAAUUACCUCAGGCUGCGAAAUAGCUGAAGGAUUUGUAACUGGCGGAGAUGUCCUCCGAUUGUUCCAUGGCCAUAUGGAUGAAUGUUUGACCAUUUCCUCCACUGACCAAGGAGAGGAGCAACGAAGGAUUCCCCAUUAUGAGGGAGGGGCUGUUUGCUCUCAUGCACGCUCAUUGUGGAGGCUGGAACCCUUGAGAAUUAGCUGGAGUGGGAGCCACAUGAGAUGGGGACUGCCAUUCCGUUUACGUCAUGUGACUACAGGGCGAUAUUUAGGUCGUGAGGAAGAAAAGGGCUUGGUGCUGUUUGACACUGAGAAAGCCAACACGAAAGCCACUGCCUUCUGCUUCCGGAUUUCCAAGGAAAAGUUGGAUGUUGCUCCUAAGAAAGACGUGGAAGGAAUGGGAGCUGCGGAGAUCAAAUACGGCGAGUCGAUGUGCUUUGUUCAACAUGUGAAGAGUGCUCUCUGGCUCACAUAUGCUGCUGCAGAUUCCAAAGUUGUUCGACUGGGGCCUUUAAAGCGCAAGGCCAUCUUGCAUCAAGAAGGUCAUAUGGAUGAUGCAUUGUCACUGUCUCGCUCACAAAGAGAGGAAUCCCAAGCAGCCAGAAUGAUAUACAGUACAGCUGGCCUUUUCAACUUAUUCAUUAAGGGUCUGGACAGCUUGACUGGAAAGAACAAGCCUUCAAAGCCGAUCUCUCUACCCAUAGACAUGGUCCUUCUAACCCUGCAAGAUUUGAUUGGCUAUUUCCAGCACCCAGAAGAGGAGCUACAACAUGAGGAGAAACAGACCAAGCUACGGUCUCUUAAAAAUCGGCAGAACCUCUUCCAGGAAGAAGGAAUAAUUUCACUUGUCUUGGACUGUAUAGACAGACUGAAUGUCUAUAGCACAGCUGCACACUUUGCAGAGUUUGCUGGUGAAGAAGCAGCUGAGUCCUGGAAAGAGAUUGUGAACUUGCUAUAUGAAUUACUUGCGGCUCUGAUAAGGGGAAAUCGAUCCAAUUGCGCUUUGUUCUCCAAUAACUUGGACUGGGUCGUCAGCAAACUGGAUCGGCUGGAAGCUUCUUCAGGCAUUUUGGAGGUUUUGUACUGUGUACUGAUUGAAAGUCCUGAAGUUCUGAAUAUUAUAAAGGAAAAUCACAUCAAAUCCAUUAUUUCUCUGCUCGAUAAACAUGGACGGAAUCACAAGGUUCUGGAUGUCCUCUGCUCUCUCUGUGUGUGUAAUGGGGUAGCUGUAAGAUCCAAUCAGAAUCUUAUCACGGAGAACCUGCUACCACGAAGAGAACUGCUUCUCCAGACUAGAAUGAUCAACUAUGUCACCAGCAUGAGGCCUAAUGUCUUCUUGGGCACAUGUGAAGGCUCCACUCAGUUCAAGAAGUGGUAUUUUGAGGUCAUUGUAGAUCAGGUGGAAUCCUUUGUAACUGCUGAGGCUACUCACCUUCGCGUUGGUUGGGCACUGACUGAGGGCUACAGUCCUUACCCUGGUGCAGGCGAAGGCUGGGGUGCCAAUGGAGUCGGUGACGAUUUGCACUCCUUUGCUUUUGAUGGUCUUCAUCUGUGGUCAGGUCGGGUGUGCAGGACUGUAGCCUCCCACAACCAACACUUGUUAACAGCUGAUGAUGUGGUCAGCUGCUGCCUGGAUUUGACCGUACCAAGCAUUUCAUUCCGAUUCAAUGGGCAUCCAGUACAGGGCAUGUUUGAGGACUUUAACUUGGAUGGCCUUUUCUUUCCAGUUGCAAGCUUCUCAGCUGGAAUUAAAAUUCGCUUCCUUCUGGGAGGUCGCCAUGGCGAUUUCAAGUUCCUACCACCUCCAGGUUACGCCCCAGCCUAUGAAGCGCUACUGCCUCGGGAUCGUAUGAGGGUGGAGCCAAUCAAAGAAUACAAGCAUGACGUGGGAGAAAUCCGUAAUCUGUUGGGACCCACUAAAUCCCUCUGCCACACCUCUUUUGUCCCCUGCCCUGUGGAUACUGUACAGAUUGUCCUUCCUCCUCACUUGGAACGAAUCCGUGAAAAGUUGGCAGAGAACAUACAUGAACUGUGGGCCCUUACGAGGAUUGAACAAGGAUGGACUUAUGGACCUAUCCGGGAUGACAACAAGAGACUACAUCCAUGUCUUCUCGAUUUUCACAGUCUGCCUGAGCCAGAGAGGAACUACAACCUGCUCAUGUCUGGAGAAACCUUGAAGACACUCUUAGCUCUGGGUUGCCAUGUUGGAAUUGCGGAUGAAAAAGCUGAAGAAAACCUGAAAAAGAUAAAACUUCCCAAAACGUACAUGAUGUCCAAUGGAUAUAAACCAGCCCCCCUUGACCUUUCCCAUGUCAAGCUGACACCAGCCCAGAACACCUUGGUGGACAAACUGGCAGAGAACGGGCACAAUGUGUGGGCAAGAGACAGAGUACAGCAAGGAUGGACAUACAGCAUAAUGCAGGACAUCAAGAAAAGGAGAAACCCACGCCUUGUGCCAUACGUUCUGCUGGAUGAGAAGACCAAGAAAACCAACAGAGACAGCCUGUGUGAAGCUGUGCGUACUCUCAUUGGAUAUGGAUACAACAUUGAGCCGCCUGACCAGGAGAGCUCUGGUCAAGGUGGUGUCACAAAGCCUCGUGCUGAGAGAAUGCGCAUAUUCCGAGCUGAGAAGUCAUAUGCAGUCAAAUCAGGGAGGUGGUACUUUGAGUUUGAAGCUGUCACCACAGGUGAGAUGAGAGUUGGAUGGGCUCGGCCUGAAGUGAGACCAGAUGUAGAGCUUGGAGCAGAUGAGCUGGCUUAUGUGUUUAAUGGCCACAGGGGUCAGCGCUGGCACAUUGGUAGUGAACCAUUUGGACGUAAUUGGCAGCCCGGAGAUGUGGUUGGGUGUAUGAUUGACUUGACUGAAAUGAACAUCAUAUUCACUCUAAAUGGGGAGAUGCUGAUCAGUGAUUCUGGUUCUGAUGUUGCUUUCAAGGAUAUAGAAAUUGGGGAAGGCUUUAUACCGGUUUGCAGCCUUGGAAUGUCCCAAGUAGGCAGACUGAAUCUUGGCCAAGAUGUGGGCAGUCUGCGCUACUUUACUAUCUGUGGCCUGCAAGAAGGGUUUGAGCCAUUCGCUAUCAACAUGAAGAGGGAAAUUACCACCUGGUUUAGCAAAAGCCUUCCACAAUUUGUGAAUGUGCCUCCAGAUCACGGUCACAUUGAGGUUUCAAGAAUUGAUGGAACAGUGGACAAUCCUCCUUGCCUUAAAGUGACACAUAAGACCUUUGGAUCUCAGAACAGCAACACUGAUUUGCUUUUCUUUAGACUCAGCAUGCCUGUGGAGUUCUAUGAGACCUUUAAAUGUACCCCAGGGGCUACACCUCUCACUCGUAGUUUUACCAUACCUGAAGAAGAGGUCCAAGACGUGGACAUGGACUCUGAAUUUGAAGUCUUGAAGAAAUCUGCAGCCCGCAAAGAAAUAGAAGCAACCAAUGAGAAGGAACUAGCUAAAGAUCCUUCAAAGGAACCACUAAAGCCAGACAAUGAGAAAGAUACAACAACAGAAAAGACCAAAAAGAGAGGGUUUCUUUUCAAAGGCAAGAAACCGGCCUUCAUCUCUUCACCUCCCGUUGUACCAACAAUGCCACGUUUGAUGAAAGAAGUAGUGCCAGAUGACCGGGAUGAUCCUGAGAUCAUUAUGAACACCACAACAUAUUAUUACUCAGUGAGAAUCUUCGCUGGACAGGAGCCCACUGGGGUGUGGAUAGGAUGGGUGACUCCUGACUACCAUCUGUAUGAUAUGAACUUCGACCUGAACAAAGUCCGCAAUGCCACCAUCACUAUGGGUGAUGAUAAAGGAAACAUCUUUAACAGCAUUAAACGCAGUAACUGUUAUAUGGUUUGGGGUGGAGAAUUCAGCAACAACACUCAGCAGGCUCGUGUCCGUAAGGAAGACCUUGUGAUCGGUUGCUUAAUUGAUCUGGAAACUGGACUCAUGACCUUCACAGCCAAUGGGAAGGAGGUGAACACAUUCUUCCAGGUUGAGCCCAAUACUAAGCUCUUUCCAUCUGUUUUUGUUAAUCCUUUGAGCCAGACGUUAUUCCAGUUUGAACUUGGAAAAUUGAAGAACAUCAUGCCUAUCUCUGCUGCCAUGUUCCGCAGUGAAAGCAAGAACCCAGUGCCGCAGUGCCCACCGCGUCUUGAUAUCCAAAUGUUGACACCUGUGGUAUGGAGCCGUGUGCCAAAUGAUUUCCUAAUGGUGGAAUCAUCAAAGGUCAGCGACAGGCAAGGCUGGAUGGUAGAGUGUGUAGACCCACUGAUGAUGAUGGCUCUUCAUAUUCCUGAAGAGAACAGGUGUAUUGAUAUCUUGGAGUUGUCGGAACGUUUGGAUUUGCUGAAGUUCCACUAUCACACCCUUAAGCUGUACUGUUCAGUCUGCGCUUUGGGAAAUAAUCGUGUGGCUCAUGCCCUGACCAGCCAUGUUGAUGAAUCUCAGUUGCUUUAUACUAUUGAGAGUAACCACCUGUCAGGUCUUCUUCGGAGUGGCUUCUAUGACCUCCUUAUCAGCAUCCACUUGGAAUCAGCCAAGAGAGGUCGUAUGACCAUGAACAGCGAGUUUAUCGUCCCUAUGACCGACCAGACAAAGAGUAUCAAACUUUUCCCCAAUGAAAUAAAAAAGCAUGGGCUUCCUGGUGUUGGUAUGAGUACAUGUCUUAGACCAGAGCUACAUUUUUCUCAUACCUGCUUUGUUAGCACUAUUAGUGAACUUUACCAACACAGUCCAUUCAUCCCACUGGAUAUCCUCAAGACCAAAGCUGUUGGCAUGUUGACAGAAGCAGUGCUGGAUGGUGGACAACAUACCAGGGAUCCUGUUGGAGGAAGUGUGGAAUUCCAGUUUGUACCAGUCCUAAAGCUUAUCUCCACCCUUUUAAUCAUGGGUGUGUUUCAGGAUGAUGAUGUAAGACACAUCCUAAAGAUGAUUGAACCGAAUGUGUUUUCUGAAGAGGAGCCAGCAGAAGAAGAGGAAAAAACUGAAGAAGGUGGAAAGGAGGGUGCAGAAGAAGAGGCUACUGAAAAAGUUGCUGAGGAGGGAGCUGAAGAGGGAGAAGAACAGGAAAGGACUGAAGGAGAAGAGAAAGCAGUUGAAGCUGGAGAGGAUGAAGUCGAAGAGGAGGGCAUGGAGGAAGGCUUACUGCAAAUGAAGCUGCCUGAGUCUGUGAAGUUGCAGAUGUGUAACCUGCUGCAGUAUUUCUGUGACCGAGAACUGCAGCAUCGGGUUGAAGCCAUCAUUGCCUUUUCUGAGCGCCAUAUGGAUAGCUUGCAAACCAAUCAGAGGAAGCGUUACAAAGAACUGAUGCAAGCAUUCACCAUGUCUGCAGCAGAGACAGCGCGAAGAACCAGAGAAUUCCGUUCCCCUCCACAAGAACAGAUUAACAUGCUAGUCAACUUCAAGAAUGUUCCAGAGGAGGAAUGUCCUGUGCCGGAAGAAAUCCGGGAUGAGCUCAACGAGUUUCACAGUGAUCUUUUGGCACAUUGUGGGGUUCAUAUUGAGGGAGAGGAAGAGGAAGAGCAGGAAGAAACCAGCCUGACCAGACGUCUCUUGAGUUUAGUGGAGAAAAUAAAAAGUCUACGUGGCAAGAAGAAGGAACCAGACCCUGAGCCCGAAGAGGGGGAGGAACCUAAACCUACCACCUUGCAAGAGCUCAUCUCUCACACCAUGGUGCACUGGGCCCAGGAGUCUUUUGUUCAGAACCCUGAGCUGGUCCGGGUGAUGUUCAGCCUGCUGCACCGUCAGUAUGAUGGGCUUGGGGAACUUAUCAGAGCAAUGCCCAAAGCCUACACUAUCAAUGCUGUAUCCGUAGAGGACACUAUGAACCUUCUGGAGAGCCUUGGGCAGAUUCGCUCACUGCUCAUUGUGCAGAUGGGACCAGAGGAAGAGAACUUGAUGAUCCAGAGUAUCGGAAACAUCAUGAACAACAAGGUCUUUUACCAGCACCCCAACUUGAUGCGAGCUUUGGGAAUGCAUGAGACUGUAAUGGAAGUCAUGGUGAAUGUGCUUGGUGGAGGUGAAUCCAAGGAAAUCCGUUUCCCCAAAAUGGUGACCAACUGCUGUCGUUUCCUAUGCUACUUCUGUAGAAUCAGUCGGCAAAAUCAAAGAGCCAUGUUUGACCACCUUAGCUACCUGCUUGAAAACAGUGGUAUUGGUUUGGGAAUGAGAGGCUCUACUCCCCUUGAUGUGGCUGCUGCUUCAGUAAUAGACAAUAAUGAGCUGGCUCUAGCACUACAAGAGCAGGACCUAGAAAAGGUUGUGUCCUAUCUGGCUGGAUGUGGCUUGCAGAGUUGUCCCAUGCUGCUGGCCAAAGGAUAUCCAGACAUUGGUUGGAACCCUGGUGGCGGAGAGAGGUAUCUAGACUUCCUUCGUUUCGCUGUCUUUGUGAAUGGCGAGAGCGUGGAGGAGAAUGCCAAUGUGGUGGUGCGUCUUCUGAUCCGACGCCCGGAGUGUUUUGGUCCUGCCCUGAGAGGAGAGGGAGGUAAUGGUCUAUUGGGUGCCAUUGAAGAUGCUAUCAAGAUCUCUGAGGACCCUGCAAGAGAUGGACCCACUGUCAAAAAGGACCGCCGCCGGGAGUUGUAUGGUGGUGAGGAACCACAUGAAGAAAAUCGGGUACACCUUGGUAAUGCCAUCAUGUCUUUCUAUGCGGCUCUCAUUGACCUUCUGGGCCGCUGUGCCCCAGAGAUGCAUCUGAUCCAAGCUGGCAAAGGGGAAGCUCUUCGGAUAAGAGCCAUCCUUCGUUCUUUGGUACCUAUUGAGGAUUUGGUGGGAGUUAUUAGUCUUCCUCUUCAGAUACCAGCAUUUGGAAAAGAUGGCAAUACCAUUGAGCCAAAAAUGUCUGCCAGCUUUGCCCCAGACCACAAAGCUCCCAUGGUGCUCUUCUUGGAUCGUGUUUACGGCAUUGACAAUCAAGACUUCCUGCUACAGGUUCUAGAAGUUGGGUUCUUGCCGGACAUGCGGGCUGCAGCCUCUCUGGAUACGGCUGCAUUUAGUACCACUGAAAUGGCCUUGGCUUUGAACCGAUACCUUUGCUCUGCAGUCCUUCCUCUAAUCACCAAAUGUGCUCCUCUGUUUGCUGGUACUGAGCACCGUGCUAUUAUGGUGGACUCCAUGUUGCAUACCAUUUACCGCCUGUCCCGUGGACGCUCUCUUACCAAGGCCCAGAGAGAUGUUAUUGAGGAAUGUCUGAUGGGACUUUGCAGAUACCUCCGUCCUUCCAUGCUACAGCAUCUUUUGAGAAGGCUGGUCUUUGAUGUGCCAAUUCUGAAUGAGUUUUCCAAAAUGCCAUUAAAGCUCCUUACUAAUCACUAUGAGCGAUGCUGGAAAUAUUAUUGUCUUCCAACUGGCUGGGCCAACUAUGGUGUGUCAUCAGAAGAAGAGCUUCACCUCACCAGGAAACUCUUCUGGGGCAUAUUUGAGUCUCUUGCUCACAAGAGAUUUGAUGCGGAGAUCUAUAAGAUCACAAUGCCAUGCUUGUGUGCCAUUGCGGGAGCCAUCCCACCUGACUAUGUGGAUGCCAGCUACUCCUCCAAGACUGACAAGAAGGCUUCUGUGGAUGCUGAAGGCAACUUUGAUCCCAAGCCAGUAGAGACACUGAAUGUGAUCAUCCCUGAAAAGUUGGAUGGCUUCAUCAACAAGUAUGCAGAGUACACCCACGACAAAUGGGCAUUUGAAAAGAUACAAAAUAAUUGGUCCUAUGGGGAAACAAUUGACGAGGAGGCAAAAACCCAUCCAAUGCUACGGCCAUACAAAACCUUCUCUGAAAAGGACAAGGAAAUCUAUCGCUGGCCAAUCAAAGAGUCUCUGAAAGCUAUGAUCGCUUGGGAGUGGAUGGUAGAGAAAGCCAGAGAAGGCGAGGAAGAAAGAAUUGAAAAGAAGACAAAAUCCAGGAAAAUCUCCCAGUCAGCCCAGGCAACCUAUGAUCCCUCAGUACAGACCUUUAGUCCAACUCCUAUCGAUGUGUCUGGAAUCACUCUGUCCAGAGACCUGCAGUUAAUGGCUGAGCAGCUGGCUGAGAAUUAUCACAACACUUGGGGUCGUAAGAAGAAGCUGGAGCUCGAGACAAAAGGUGGAGGAACUCACCCAUUGCUAGUACCCUAUGACACUUUGACUGCCAAAGAGAAGGCUCGUGACAGGGAAAAGGCACAGGAGCUGCUGAAGUUUCUCCAGCUCCAUGGUUAUGCUGUGACAAGAGGAUUGAAGGACAUGGAGCUUGACACUUCAUCCAUUGAGAAACGCUUUGCUUAUGGAUUCCUUCAGAAACUGCUGAAGCUAAUGGAUUCAGCGCAGGAGUUCAUUGCUCACUUAGAGGCCGUUGUAAGCAGUGGAAGGGUGGAGAAGUCUCCACAUGAACGGGAAAUCAAAUUCUUUGCCAAGAUUCUUCUUCCGCUGAUCAACCAAUACUUCAUGAACCACUGUCUCUACUUCUUGUCGACACCAGCCAAAGUCCUAGGCAGCGGCGGUCAUGCUUCCAACAAGGAGAAAGAGAUGAUUGCCAGCCUGUUCUGUAAGGUGGCUGCUCUUGUUCGACACCGCGUGUCUUUAUUCGGAAAUGAUGCUCCUGCAGUGGUUAAUUGUCUACAUAUCUUGGCUCGCUCUCUGGAUGCCAGGACAGUCAUGAAGUCUGGCCCAGAAAUCGUAAAAGCUGGAUUGCGUUCCUUCUUUGAGGGGGCAUCUGAAGACAUAGAGAAGAUGGUUGAGAACCUAAAGCUGGGGAAAGUAUCUCAAUCCAGCACUCAGGUCAAGGGUGUGGCCCAGAAUAUCAAUUACACCACUGUGGCUCUGUUGCCAGUUCUUACGUCGCUCUUCGAGCACAUUGCACAGCACCAGUUUGGAGAUGAUGUCAUAUUGGAUGAUGUACAAGUCUCCUGCUACAGAACACUGUGCAGCAUCUACUCUCUGGGUACCACUAAGAACCCCUACGUUGAAAAGCAACGUCCAGCUUUGGGUGAAUGUUUGGCACGACUUGCUGCUGCCAUGCCUGUAGCCUUCCUGGAACCCCACCUAAAUGAAUACAACAUCUACUCUGUCUACACCACCAAGUCUCCUCGUGAACGUGCCAUUUUGGGUCUCCCCAACUCUGUAGAAGAAAUGUGCCCAGAUAUCCCUGACCUGCAAACCCUGACGAAAGAAAUCAGCUUGCUAGCAGAGUCUGGUGCUCGUUACACAGAGAUGCCACAUGUCAUUGAAGUGACUUUGCCCAUGCUGUGCAAUUAUCUUCCUCGUUGGUGGGAACGAGGGCCAGAGAAUAUGCCAGAUGAAACCACAUUGUGCUGCACCAGUGUAACCUCUGAGCAUCUGAAUGCCCUUCUGGGCAACAUCCUGCGUAUCGUUGUCAACAAUCUGGGCAUAGAUGAGGCCUCCUGGAUGAAAAGACUUGCAGUAUUUGCCCAGCCCAUUGUCAGCAAGGCCAAGCCAGAGCUCCUUCGGUCUCACUUUAUUCCAACCAUGGAGAAGCUGAAGAAACGGGCAGGGAAAGUGGUGGCUGAGGAAGAGCUGCUGCGUCUGGAGGUGAAGAGUGAGUCUGAAGAUUCCGAAUCUCUGAUACGAGAUGAGUUCUCUGUCCUCUGCAGAGACCUCUAUGCUCUUUAUCCUCUGCUGAUCCGCUACGUAGACAAUAACAGAGCAAACUGGCUGACAGAGCCUAAUAGUGAUGCAGAAGAAUUGUUCCGAAUGGUUGGGGAGGUGUUCAUCUUCUGGUCGAAAUCCCAUAACUUUAAGCGGGAGGAGCAGAACUUUGUAGUUCAAAAUGAGAUCAACAACAUGUCCUUCCUUACUGCUGACAGUAAGAGCAAGAUGUCCAAGUCUGGAGACAGCCAGUCUGGUGGCUCUGACCAAGAGCGCACAAAAAAGCAGCGCCGUGGAGAUCGUUACUCUGUACAGACAUCACUUAUUGUGGCCACUCUGAAGAAGAUGCUUCCGAUUGGUCUCAACAUGUGUUCCCCAACCGACCAGGAGCUGAUUACAUUGGCCAAAACACGCUAUUCUUUGAAAGACACAGAUGAAGAAGUAAGAGAAUUCCUGAAUAAUAAUCUCCAUCUUCAGGGCAAGGUGGAGAAUUCCUCAAUGCGUUGGCAGAUGGCUUUGUACAAUAAGAUGUCAGGUAAAGCGGAAGACUGCAACAGCCCUGAGAAGAUUGUGAAACGUGUACAGGAGGUCUCUGCUGUGCUAUAUCAUCUGGAGCUGACUGAACACCCCUUCAAGUCCAAGAAAGCAGUUUGGCAUAAGCUUCUCUCCAAACAACGUCGGCGUGCCGUUGUGGCCUGUUUUCGGAUGACACCACUGUACAACUUGCCCAGGCACCGUGCAUGUAACAUGUUCCUGGAAGGUUAUAAACACAACUGGAUUAUGACUGAGGAGCAUGACUUUGAAGACAGGAUGAUUGAUGACUUGGCGAAAUCUGGCGAGAACGAAGAGGAAGAGGAGGAAGUAGAGGAGAAGAAACCAGACCCUCUACACCAACUCAUCCUUCAUUUCAGCAGAACAGCUCUGACAGAGAAAACUAAACUAGAAGAAGAUUACUUGUAUAUGGCAUAUGCGGAUAUCAUGGCAAAGAGUUGCCAUAUGGAAGAAGAGGGGGAAGAAGCUCCAGAAGGUGAAGAAGAGGAGGCGGAACUCACAUUUGAGGAGAAAGAAAUGGAGAAACAGAAACUAUUGUACCAGCAGUCUCGUCUCCAUAACCGUGGAGCGGCUGAGAUGGUCUUGCAGAUGAUAAGCGCAUGUAAAGGGGAACCAGGAGCUAUGGUCUCCUCAACGCUCAAGCUAGGAAUUUCCAUCCUUAAUGGAGGAAAUGCUGAGGUCCAGCAGAAAAUGCUGGAUUAUCUGAAGGACAAAAGGGAAGUUGGCUUUUUCCAGAGUGUGCAGGCCCUGUUGCAGACUUGCAGCGUCCUGGACCUGAAUGCCUUUGAGCGCCAGAAUAAGGCAGAGGGACUUGGCAUGGUGACAGAAGAUGGUACAAUCAUCAACCGUGAACAGGGAGAGAAGGUGAUGGCGGACGACCAGUUUACUCAGGAUCUGUUCCGCUUUCUUCAGCUGCUUUGUGAGGGGCACAAUAAUGAUUUCCAGAACUACCUGCGUACACAGACCGGCAACACUACCACCAUCAACAUUAUCAUCUGCACAGUGGAUUAUCUACUGCGCCUGCAGGAAUCUAUCAGCGAUUUUUACUGGUAUUACUCUGGAAAGGACAUCAUUGAUGAGCAGGGCAAAAGGAACUUUUCCAAAGCCAUGUCUGUAGCAAAGCAAGUGUUCAACAGUCUUACAGAGUAUAUUCAGGGUCCCUGCACAGGCAACCAGCAAAGUCUGGCCCACAGCCGUCUAUGGGAUGCAGUCGUGGGUUUCCUGCAUGUCUUUGCUCAUAUGAUGAUGAAACUAGCCCAGAUGCCCCAAAAUGGAGGACUACGAAAUGGCGACUCCAGUCAAAUUGGGCUGCUGAAGGAAUUGUUGGACCUGCAGAAGGACAUGGUAGUCAUGCUGCUCUCCCUUCUGGAAGGUAAUGUGGUCAAUGGAACAAUAGCUCGCCAAAUGGUGGACAUGCUUGUGGAGUCUUCAAGCAAUGUAGAAAUGAUCCUUAAAUUCUUCGAUAUGUUCCUCAAGCUUAAGGACAUAGUGGCUUCUGAUGCAUUUAGAGAUUAUGUCACAGAUCCUCGAGGUCUCAUAUCUAAAAAAGAUUUCCAGAAAGCAAUGGACAGUCAAAAGCAAUACACAACGUCUGAGAUCCAGUUCCUCCUAUCCUGCUCAGAAGCUGAUGAAAAUGAAAUGAUCAACUUUGAAGAGUUUGCAGACCGCUUCCAAGAGCCAGCUAAAGACAUUGGUUUCAAUGUGGCAGUUCUACUAACCAACUUAUCUGAGCAUGUACCUCAUGACAUAAGGCUACAUAACUUCCUGGAGCUAGCAGGUUGUAUAAUAAACUACUUCAAACCUUAUCUAGGCAAAAUUGAGAUUAUGGGAGCAGGCAAGAGGAUAGAGCGCAUCUACUUUGAGAUCAGUGAGAGCAAUAAAACACAAUGGGAGAUGCCUCAGGUUAAAGAGUCUAAACGUCAGUUCAUUUUUGAUGUGGUCAAUGAAGGUGGUGAGUCGGAGAAGAUGGAGCUCUUUGUCAACUUCUGCGAAGACACCAUAUUUGAGAUGCAAAUUGCUUCACAGAUUUCAGAAACUGAAGAAGAAAAGGCAGAUGAUGAUGAUGAAGAUGAUGGAGGAGAAGGAUCUGGAGAAGGGGAGGAGGCUGACAAUGAGUCUUCUCCAGAAGCUUCAUCGGCUUUUGUAGAAUUUAUGAACAAUGUGAUAAACUUCUUCAAGAUGUUCACCUACAAGAACCUUAGAAGGCAGUAUCGAAAGAUCAAGAAGAUGACCAUAAAGGAAAUGGUAAUGGCCAUUGUCUCCUUCCUCUGGACGUUCUUCAUUGGAACCCUUCACUUCAUCUACAGUGUCUGCAAAGGCAUCUUCUUGUUGAUAUGGCACACAUUGUUUGGAGGCAGCCUUGUAGAAGGAGCUCAGAAGUUAACUGUAACUGAACUUUUGGCCAGUAUGCCAGACCCCACACAGGACGAAGUCCACGGAGAUGGUCCUCCUGCAGCAGUGAGUGAUGAAUUACCAGAGGCUGGAGAUGUGACGGACUUCACUGACAUGGGCAAAGAAGAAGUGCAAGAAAAAGGAGCAGAAAUAUUUGGAGUGGACCUGAAGAAGGAUGGUGGACACUAUAGGCCCAGCGCUCCCGAUGCUCCUGGAGGCUUGGGUGAUAUGGGAGACACCACCCCUGUGGAUCCACCAACUCCAGAGGGAUCGCCCAUCUUGAAGAGGAAAUUUGGAGAUGAUGAAGCCCCACAGCACUUGGAUGGUUCCGAGCAGCCAGAGCCAACAACAGAAGAGCCAGAGCCAGAACCAGAACCAGAGAAAGCAGAUCUAGAGAAUGGGGAGAAGGGUGAAGCUGCAGUGGAAGAAGGAGCUGCUCCAGCUCCUGUGGAACCAGAAGAACCAGUUGAAGCCCCCAAGAAAAAGACUCCUCCAAAGGAGAAGAAAUCAGAAGCUGGAGAUGGAGGUUUUGAAUUCUGGAAUGAGAUGGAGAUCCAGAGGAUAAAAUUCUUGAACUAUCUCUCAAGGAAUUUCUAUAAUCUGCGUUUCUUGGCACUAUUCCUGGCCUUCGCGAUUAACUUUAUUUUGCUGUUCUACAAGGUGUCUGAUUCUCCCAAAGGCGAGGAAGAUUUUGAGGGAUCAGGGAUGGAGGAGGAACUGUCCAUUCUGGAUGAGGGAAGUGGGGCUGGUGGAGAGGAAGAAGAUGAAGAUGAUGGCGUGGUGUAUUUUUUCUUGGAGGAAAGCACAGGGUAUAUGCAGCCGACACUAUACUUUCUUUCCGUUGUUCACACGCUCAUUUCCUUCUUAUGCAUCAUUGGCUACAACUGUUUGAAGGUUCCUUUGGUUAUCUUUAAACGGGAGAAGGAGUUGGCGCGUAAGCUGGAGUUUGAUGGCGUCUAUAUUACAGAACAGCCAGAGGAUGAUGACAUUAAAGGACAAUGGGAUCGUCUAGUUUUGAAUACACCCUCAUUCCCGAGAAACUACUGGGACAAAUUUGUGAAGAGAAAGGUGCUGGAUAAAUAUGGAGACAUUUAUGGUCGGGAGAGGAUUGCAGAACUGCUGGGAAUGGAUCUGGCCAGCUUAGAAAUCAGCUCUCAUAAUGGAAAGAAACCAAAGUCAGAUAAUUCUAUGCUGACAUGGUUUACCUCAGUUGAUAUUAAGUACCAGAUCUGGAAAUUCGGAGUGGUCUUCACUAACAAUUCUUUCUUAUAUCUGGUCUGGUACUUGGUCAUGUCCAUGCUGGGUCACUACAACAAUUUCUUCUAUGCUGCCCACCUGCUGGAUAUUGCCAUGGGAGUGAAGACCCUGCGCACAAUCCUGUCUUCUGUCACACACAAUGGAAAACAGCUCAUGAUGACUGUUGGACUGUUAGCUGUGGUUGUGUACCUGUAUACAGUGGUUGCCUUCAACUUCUUCCGCAAAUUUUACAACAAGAGUGAGGAUGAGGAUGAGCCAGACAUGAAGUGUGAUGACAUGAUGACGUGCUACCUUUUCCAUAUGUAUGUUGGGGUACGAGCUGGCGGUGGCAUUGGAGAUGAGAUUGAAGACCCUGCAGGAGAUGAAUAUGAACUUUACCGUGUUGUCUUUGACAUCACAUUCUUCUUCUUCGUCAUUGUCAUCCUGUUGGCCAUCAUUCAAGGUUUGAUCAUUGAUGCCUUUGGAGAGUUGAGAGACCAACAGGAGCAAGUGAAAGAGGAUAUGGAGACCAAAUGCUUCAUCUGCGGCAUCGGCAGUGAUUACUUUGAUACGACGCCGCACGGCUUUGAGAAUCACACUUUGGAAGAACAUAACUUGGCCAAUUACAUGUUCUUCCUAAUGUAUCUAAUUAACAAGGAUGAAACAGAACAUACUGGACAGGAGUCGUAUGUCUGGAAGAUGUACCAGGAGAGAUGUUGGGACUUCUUCCCGGCUGGAGACUGUUUCCGGAAGACUUAUGAGGAUCAGCUGGGAUAAUGGAUAAGUCUUAUACAUAUUAUAUUUCUUGGGUCUCUCAGAUCCUUGAAGCUACAAGAGACAUUGGCAACCAUCUUCCUUUUCGGCCUCCGUCUCUACUGAUCCUUUUCAGUGAUUCCGUGGAACAUUCAUUUAUUAACUGGAGACUGUUACAUCUUUAGAGUCCAGAUGCCCUCGAAGAGCUUUAAACUGUAAUAGCUGAGAUACCUGCCAGACUAUCACAUUGUGAUAGCCACAUUGCUGCUGUAAAGCAGUGCAUUUUCAGAGACUUCAGAUGAGUAUUGUCUUUUUACACAGCGGCUUGUUUUGGAGCACUGAUGUCCUUUGCUCCACAGGAGCCUGCUGCCUCACUGACCUGUCACUGCCACCAAAAAUAAUAAUAAUGAUAACUUAUCAAUAUGACAAUGCCUUCACUGCCAACAGAGACUUAGUGGAGGGACAUUAUUGUCCUCCUUGCUGCAGAGCAUUGCACCUUUAUCUUUGGUUGGUCGGUUAAUAAUUUCACCUUUUCUUUUUUGCCCCUAAUGCUGCUGAGCAUG